AUGUCCGACUCUAAGGAUCCCAAGGGCAAGGCCCCCGAGGCCCAGUCUCCCGACAAGAAGUCCAAGAAUGAGAAAGACGGCGCGGUGAAAAUAACCCCUCAGAUGGCGGAGUCGCUGUUGGAGAACAACCCCGCUCUCAGGAACGAGAUGGCCGGCAUGGACAAGGAGAAGGCUGCGGAGGCCAUGCGCAAGAUGAACAUCGCCGAACUGCUGACGGGUCUGUCGGUUUCCGGAAAGAAUCAGAAGGAUAUGGCAUCGUACAAGUUCUGGCAGACGCAGCCCGUGCCUCGAUUCGAUGAGACGAGUAGCGAUACUGGUGGGCCCAUCAAGAUCAUUGAUCCUGAAAAGGUCUCGAAGGAACCGGAUACUCUGAUUGAAGGGUUUGAAUGGGCGACGCUCGACCUGACGAACGAGACUGAGCUGCAGGAGUUGUGGGAUUUGUUGACAUAUCACUACGUCGAGGACGAUAAUGCCAUGUUCCGAUUCCGAUAUUCGCAGUCGUUCCUACACUGGGCUCUUAUGUCGCCUGGCUGGAAAAAGGAAUGGCACGUCGGCGUCCGCGCUACCAAGUCGCGCAAAUUGGUAGCGUCCAUUUGCGGUGUCCCGACAGAGAUCAAUGUGCGCAAUCAAAAGAUCAAGGUCGUCGAGAUCAAUUUCCUGUGCAUCCACAAGAAGCUUCGCUCGAAACGGUUGACCCCUGUUCUUAUCAAAGAAAUUACCCGUCGUUGCUACCUCAAUGGCAUUUACCAAGCCAUUUACACUGCCGGCGUGGUGCUUCCCACACCUGUCAGCUCGUGCCGCUACUACCACCGUCCUUUGGAUUGGUUGAAGCUUUACGAAGUUGGCUUCUCGCCUCUCCCUGCUGGAUCCACCAAGGCGCGCCAGAUCACCAAGAAUCACCUUCCUAGCAAUACCUCCACCCCCGGUCUUCGCCCCAUGGAACCCAAAGACAUUGACGCCGUGCAUGAUCUUUUGCAACGAUACUCGUCGCGCUUUGCUCUGAACCAGGCCUUUACACGGGAGGAAGUCGACCACUGGCUCGUGCAUAAGCCAGAGACAGUGAAAGAGCAGGUCGUCUGGGCUUACGUGGCGGAGGACGCUGAAACGCACAAGAUCACCGAUUUCUUCUCUUUCUACAACCUCGAAUCCACCGUCAUUCAGCACCCCAAGCACGACAAUGUGCGUGCUGCUUAUCUGUACUAUUAUGCAACCGAGACGGCCUUCACCAAUGACAUGAAGGCUCUCAAAGAGCGUCUGCUGAUGCUGAUGAAUGACGCUCUGAUCAUGGCCAAGAAGGCACACUUUGAUGUUUUCAACGCACUCACACUUCACGACAACCCUCUGUUCCUUGAGCAACUCAAAUUUGGAGCUGGCGAUGGCCAACUUCAUUUCUACCUCUACAACUAUCGCACCGCCCCUGUCCCCGGAGGAGUUAACGAAAAGAACCUGCCGGAUGAGAAGAGAAUGGGAGGUGUUGGCAUUGUUAUGCUGUAG